UAUUUUAGUUUGGUGAUGAUGGUAAUGCUCUUCUGCAGCUCUGACUAAAGUGGAAUCUGAGUACCUUCAUAGACAUCUGCUUUUAUAAUCAGAUUUUCCUUACUGUAAGUGAAAGGGAUUCUCUCAGUCCUCAAACAAGAGCAGAGCAUAGAAAUUAGGAAUAAAAACUUCAAGUCUUCUUUUCGACUUUGUUUUCAGCACAAUAGAUGCUUCAUGCUGCUCUCACACGGGCAAUGCACAUAUUCAGUGUGAUUGCCACAGAUGUGGAGAGAGGUGAAUUGAUUUCCCAAAUUCAGAGAACCAGAAUAAGUACUGGGACCAAACUCUGAGGGUUUCUUGGCUCCCAGCUGUAGAUGACACUAUUCUUUGCUUGCAUGACUUGCGUGUACAGGACUCAGUGAUCUAUCUGUGUUCAACCAGUGGCAUCUGCAAGGAAGAAGCAACUUGUGCACACCAAAGGCACUGAACUUGUUUAUCAAGAGCUCAGGCAGUGGCCCCUCACUUGUCUUCUUCUUUUUGUUGCUUGGAACAUUACUAUACACUAUGAACACCUUUUUUUCUCUUUUUUCUUUUCUUCUUUUUUUUUUUUUUUAACACUACUUUCCUCCCCUCAAGUAGGACUAAAUAGCCCUGGUCAGGGACUGAGGAAUUUGGUUUUCAUGAGUGAUUGUUUUGGGCCAUCUGAUGACUAUGGCAGCCAAAAGCUGCAUGCCCUGCACUCCUUUUGUUUUUUUGUUGAUGUUCCCCAUGGCAAUAAGGGCUCUUGUGUGUCUCUGCAUGAUGUCUCAGAGGGAUGCCAGUGCUUGUGAUUCUUCUUGCAUGGCAAUGACUAACAUGGGAAAGGAAUCUGAUCCACAGAAACCUAACACUGGUGUUUCACAAGCUGAUCUCACUAAUUUCUGAGUUUGUUUUUUAAGUCAAACUGUGUGGUUUUCCAAAGAAUAAUUUUAGUCUGGCUUUUGCAACUGUCUACCUGUUGACUAUGGUUUCAGUAUCUUGGGCUUGCAAAUAAAUUAACAGAGUAUAAUAGCUCCGUGAAGGGCCUGCAUGAGUCUCCCUGCUGUCCUGUGCUGUCCUGUCCUGCUCACUCUGCUCUGCAGAAUUGCAAUUGCAGUCCAUAGCAAUGGUGCAAUGGAAAAGGAAACUGAAAAAAGCUUCUGGCUGGUUCCUUUAGAUCCCCUUUAAAAUGGACUGUUGGGUGGGCCAGCUUUUUCUCUCCCAAGUGUUAUUACAAUCCAUUUUUACUGGGGAAAAAGCAGGUUUGCUGCCAGGCAGCAUAUUUUCCAUCAGCACUUGUAAUUGUUGGGUGGUGAGAGGUAGAGACUCUGGUUUCCAGACUGGAGGGAGAGAGCGUGGCCAGGGUGUGCACUUGGCAGCACUGUCAUGUGCCCAACCAUGAAUUCCAGGUUUUGCAGGGAUGUGGGCUCAGCUGUGUAAGCAAAACCUUCUGCCCGUUCACUCCUUGGAGAGGGCAGGGAGGCAGGUGGCCAACCUUCAAGCAGCUUGAGGGAUGGAGAGCUGGCCUGGGGUGCAGCUGCAGCAGGGCUCUUUUUUUAGCUUGUUUAUACUUACACACACACGUGGGCCAUGCAAAGUUGGCUGAGCCAACCUUGACCAGCAGCAAAACAAACAGGUUUUACUGCCAUGACCUGAAGGCCAGAUCAGCUGCUGAGCUUCACUAGAGCAGGGACAGAUUUCAGUUUUCUCCUUUGUCAGAGACGAGGCUCUCAUAUAGGGCUGACUCAAAACAACCACUGUCCUGGGUUGCUCAGUCUUCCUUAUGGAAGCAGUGUUGAGAAGGCUUAUGCAAGACAAAGAGGUGAUCUGAGGUAGCCAGCAUGGCUUCACUGAGGGCAAAUGGUGCCUGACCAUUCUGGUGGCCUUCUGUGAUGGAGUAACUGCAAUGUUUGGCAUAGAAGGGAAGACAGAUUGAUGUAAUUUACCUAGACUUUUAUAAGACCUUUGACAUGAUUCCAUAUGACAUCCUCAUCUCCAAAUUGGAGAGAAAUGAAUUGGAAGGGUUGACCGUUCAGUGGAUAAGAAUUUGGUUGGAUGGACACAUCCAGAGAGUUGUGGUCUUUGGCUCUCUGUCCAGGUGAGAGUCAGUGGUGUCUCUCAGUGACUGGUGCUCUUAAAUACCUGUGCCAGUGGCACAGUGAGAUCAGGUGCACCCUCAGCAGAUGACACGCAGCUGAGUGGUGCUGUUGGCACAACAGAGGGAAGGGGUGGCAUCCAGGGAGACCCGGACAAGCUUGAGAGGUGGGCCCACAAGAAUCUCGUGAAGCUCAACAAGGCCAAGUGCAAGACACUGCACCUGGUCUGGGGCAGCCCCAGAUAUGAGGACAGUCUGGGAGAACUCACUGAGAGCAGCCCUGUGGAGAAUGUCUUGGGGUCUCUCUGAAUGAAAAACUGGACCAGCCCAGCGAUGUGUGCCUAUAGCCCAGAAAGCCAAAUGCGAUCUGGGCUGCAUCCAAAACAGCACAGCCAGCAGAUCGAGGGAGGGGAUUCUGCUCUUCUGCUCCGUUCUGCUGAGACUCUACCCACAUCCAUCUCUGGGGUUCUCAGCACAGGAAGGACAUGGAAAUCUUGGAGCAGGUACAAAGGAGGCCACAAAAGAUGAUCAGAGGGCUGCCUCACCUCUCCUGUGAAAACAGGCUGAGAGAGUUGUUCAUCUUGGAGGUUCUGGAGAGACACCAUUGCAGCCUUCCAGUACCCAUAAGGCUCAGUCAAAGUCUCUCCAACAUCCGUAAACUUAGUUGAGGGAGACCUCAACUAAGACCUCAGCGUUUAAUAGCUCCUUUCCUCCACACAGACACACCUGCUCUACCUCACUGGCCUUGAGCCACCAUGAGACCAGAAAUUGCAGGCGCUGAGGACUUACAAAUAUCCACUGGGGUAUUGCAGUGCAGAUCCAGACCUUUGGGGCUUGGGGUGUCUUUCUCUUGAGGUGUGUUCAGCAGCCUGUGCUCCUGCUGCUGGUAUGGCACUGGUUGAGCAGGAGCACCAGCAACCCUGCAAGACAGGAGGACUGGGCAGAGCCCAUUUGCCCAAUUUCGCCUCACAGUGAAAGAUGGAAACAGAGAAGUGAAACUGGACACACAGUCUGGUCAAAGCAGGUAUGUGGGAGGAGAGAGGUGAAUUGAAGGAGUUCAAGAGAGCAAGCGUGCAUCAACCUAAUGCUGAGCCCUUAAAAUGGGCUUAAAGCUCAGCUCAGCCUACACUGAUCGUUUCAUUAGGCUUUGAAUGAAGACAGUGGGAAGGUUUGAAGCGGUGGUAGCUGGAAGUAAGGGUGGUGCCUUCCUCCUCCCCAGCCCAUUUGUGUGCAGCUGGGGAGGAGAAGUGUCUGUUGUUUGCCUGCAACCAGCUUGUUGGGUCUUCUCCUCCUUCUGGUUGGGGGCCUUUGUUUCCUGUUGCAUGUAAAAUUUCUUCACUUCUCUAUCCUAAAAUAUUGUAGUUUAUCUUUUGCGGUUCUGCGUUUCACAUCUUCCUGUGCUCUUUCACUUGCUUCCUGCCUCUUCUGCUUUCUGUUUCUCCCAUUAGCUCUGUAAACCCAGCUCCCCGAGCAAGUAUUUCUACCUUACAAGCUGCUUACAGUAGCUAGUGCCUUUUCUAGACAAACCAAUCCCAGACAAAACUGUCCCAGCCCUUGCACUUAUGCAGCUGCUCAUUUGACCCUAAUCCAUUUUAAAAGGAGAGUGCUGGUGGGUGAGGAUGGAGUCAGAGGAGGGAAGUCCUUGCUUGCAAACACGUCUGCAAGGCUGAGAGACCCACGGUGUGAUCUACACAUUUUCCCAUGGGAGAAGCAACACUUUAACUCUUCCCUGAUCGCUUCAAACUGAUUAUUUCUGGUCUCUGGAGCUUUUAUGAUCCUUUUAUUAGACUUCCUGGCUGUGCUUCAGUGGCUGAAUUUAGUCUUCCCUGCGUCACGGUGAUAGUAGUAAUGUGAAGUUUAAUGAGCACCUGCAAAGCUGUGUAGCAGGGAAGAAACUGCCAUGCCCGUGGGACUCUUCCGGGUGUGCCUACUGGUGAUUACAGCUAUUGUCAACCACCCGCUCUUCUUCCCGAAGGAGAAUGGCACCGUCCCCGAGAACACAGAAGAAAUCAUCCAGAAGAUGAAGGAGCGGGAGGAGAGCCUGCGCCUGGAGCAGCUGCGCUUGGAGCAGGAAAUCGCGGAGCAGGAAGCCACACAGAAGGCUCUGGAAAAGGCUGCAGUGGCAGUGGAGGAAAGCAAAGAGGAAAAGGUCCAAUGGGACAUGUGGACUGCCCUCUCCAUGGUCAUCUUCCUGCUGAUCGAGCUCUGGAGGCAGGAUUUCCAGGAAGGGAAUUGGCAGGACACAGGAGGAGAAGAGGAUGACAUGGCAGUCCUGGGGAAAGCAUUUAAAGGAGUGGCCUUCCCCAACAAGGCUGUCCUGGCCAGCUUCUAUGAGAAGCGGAUCCUGGGCACCACCGCAGACAUGGCCAGGAUGCGGGAGAUGGUGGAAGGCUUUGCAGAUGACCUGCUGGAGGCCUUGAGGAGCGUUUGUAACCGGGAUGCUGACAUGGAAGUGGAAGAUUGUAUGGGUGUGGGGAGCAUGUAUGAGAACUGGAGAGUGCGUAAACCCUUCGUCUGUGAUCUGAUAGUGCCUUUUGCCCCUCCAGAGCCUUACUGCUUUUGCUGCCAGACCUGGUGCUCUGGUGACUCUUUUCCCCCAGAUGAACAAGGUUAUGGCACCAUCAAGGUGUGCAGGGCAGAUGAGGAUGCGACAGGUUGUAUCUGUGACAAGACUAAACUAGGAGAAGAUAUGCUGUGCCUCCUCCAUAGCCAGGUCAGUAGUACCAGGCCCAGCAGUGAGAUGGAAGACCUCCUGUGCUUCAAAAAUACUCAAUAUCUGGAUGCCGACCAAGUCAUGAAGUGGUUCCAGAUUGCCGUCACCAAGGCCUGGAACAGGAUCUCCCACAAAUAUGAAUUUGACCUUUCCUUCAGCCUCCUGGACUCGCCAGGAGCUCUGAAGAUAAAAUUUAAAUCAGGGAAAUCGAUUGCCUUCAACCUCACCCCUGUGGUGCAGUAUGAGAACUCUGAUGUUUACUUCAUCUCCCACUUCCCUCGGAGCAGCCUGGCAGCAGACAUCCCCUCCAGCACCCACUGGUUCCUCACCUUUGCAGUGUAUGAGAGGAGGUUCAUCCAGCUGGUCUCCAAAACACUGCCUGCCAACACUUGCCACGUCAGCUGCCUUCAGAUCCUCUCCUUCCUCCACGGGAAGCAGUGCAGCCUCACAGGUCCCAGCGGGCUCACCAACUACCACCUGAAGACAGUGCUGCUGCAUCUCCUGCAGGCACGUCCCAGUCAGGACUGGGCCCCAGAAAAGCUGGAGGCCCGCCUACAGGACAUGCUGAAAUUCCUAGAGAAAUGCUUGCAUGAAAAGAAGCUUUAUCACUUCUUUAUUGGCAAUGGGAAGAUACCAGCAGAGCUGGGUUUCCCCGUUAUGUUUCAGAGGGCUGAGCCUCUCAACCUUUUCCGUCCCUUUGUGCUACGCAGGGACAUUUACAGGAAGACGGUGGACACGUUCCACGAGAUGCUCAGGAACAUGUCUGCACUGAUAAAUGAGUACACAGUGCACAUUCCCCUUGCACACACCAAUGGGAUCCGUAAGGAACCCCUGUAACCAAAGCCAAACGCUAAGCACAAGUCCAGAGGGCAACUUUCUGAAGCCUUCUGGAGACAAAUGACUUUGCCAAUAGAGCCUCUUGUCAGGAGCUGAACCAGUCCUGGGCCAUAGUUCCUGCUGAAAGGAAGAGGCUAUGGGGGGAGAAUAGGGAGAAACUGGAAGCUGUGGUGUUAAAGUAGGUUUCUGUUCCACUGCUGUGCUUGGUUUUAUGCAGCUAAGAAUAUAUUUUUUCUAUUGUGCCUCAGUCAUGCUACAGUAACAAAUAUAGGUAAUUUAUUCAGAUGCCCGCAAUGCAAAUGGGCGAGGGGGUGUGAUGGUGGCCAAAUACUUCAUUUCCUUCAGAAGGGGGAGAUAAGAACAGGGUGGGGGAAUCAGAGGCAGGAUCUUGGGAUCAAAGGAGCCCGUCUGCUUGCAGACAGCAGGAGCUCUUUCACCAGUGGGAAGUGCAACAUAAGUCUGUAUGCUGGUGUGGAGAGGAGGAGGGUCAUGCACAAGAUCUGGACUGGAUGGAGAUCGUUACAUAAAGUACAGCUUCAAAAGGGAACUGUAGUUAAAAAAAAAAUAAGAAAAAGCCUUCUUGAUUGGACUUGCAGUAGUAACUUAAAUGGCUUGUCCUGUCCAUCAAAAACACCCCUGCACAUUGUUUCUCCUAUGGGAAGAUGUAGCACAGCAGGAUCUGUGUCUUCAGACCAUUUCAUUUGAGCCUUCCAUGGCAACAUGGCUAGUGGUUUAUAUUCCUGCCCAUUUUGUAUGGAUCAAUGAACAGGAACCUUUUUUACCUUAGAUAAAAGAAACGCCACUAUUGGGUUCUGACAUUUUGGGUUGGUUGUUUUCCUUACCUUGGGGCACUAAGGCAUGAGAGGAGCCUACAGAGAAAGGAAAAGCAGAGCUUGAACUGUAUGAUCUUUGGAGGUCCCUUCCAGCCCAAACUAUUCUGAUUCUAUGCUCUAAGUUUUGCUUUCAUAAAAGCAGCAGUGCUCCAAAAUUAUGCUGUAAUGAAGACAAUCUCAGAAGUCUGGUAGCAGGAGUGAACAAUCAACCUCCAAAUGAGAUUGUGACUCUCUGCACAUGGUUUCAAUUAGGCCUAGGCCAGCAGGGAGGAGAAGGAAAGAAUGAAAGAGAUACACAUGUAGUAGACCUCGGCAGUGCUGCUUGCAGCUGCCUUAUGAUCCAUGUUGCAUCCCUUCUGCUCCACAUAUGCAGGCAAAAGCAACUUUAUACAUUCUCCUCAAUCUUUUUAAAGACUGCUGCUCUGAGGAGCUCACUAAUAGACUGUAAUUUAAUUUGCUGAGUUGGGAAUGCAAAGGAGGAGAGCUGCUGUAGGCUUUCAGGCCAGGGGAAAAUCUUGAGGCCUGUGCUUAAAAAAGCCAACAGAGCAUUGCAGAAAUGGAAAUUCCUGAAAUCCCACAGGAAGCAUUUUAGUGUGGGGCCAGUGGGCUGCUCAGACCCAGCAAGGUGUCUUUGCUGAAGGAGAGGACUCAGGAGAUCCUUGGCCUCCAGUGCUAAGGGGCCUUCCCUACUAUCUUCUCACACUAGGAUUUCCUGCAAAGUUUUACACUAGGGCAUCUUUUAAUCCUCUUUACAAGAGGGUUGUUGUUGUGUGAGGUAAUACCCAUCAGGGAUGCAUUUCACCAUCACUCCACAGGUCCCUUUUGAUCAAUCCUCUCCAUCACAUCAGAGGGAAAAUUCAAUCCAUUAUCACUGCUGGGGACAGCGUACAACAUGAAGCUGGUUAUCCAGCUCAUCAGUUGAUGAGCAAACUCUCCACAGACUCGUCCUCUCUUCCCUUUUCCUGGUAAGAACUGUUUCACCACCUCACUGGUGUCUGCUGCUUCUCUGUCCUGCCACCAGCGAGGGACACAUCACACACAAAGGCAGAGAGGGCUGUAACUCCUGUCUCCACACUUAGUUCACAAGAAAGCACAGAUGGUGACGGAGCUGUGCUCAAAGUGCUGCCUCCCUUGGCUGUUAUUACCACGGGUGGUUAAGCAGGAUCUCUGAACAGAAAGUGAGGGGUAGGUAGGAAUGGGGGAGAAGAGGCUGGUGGGUAAUGCCAGUAGGAAAGUCUUGGGUCGUGGGUGCUUGCUUCAGCAUCCUUGGUGAUGAGUGCCUGGGAGAUUGCCAGGAGAGCAACAGGGCAGGACUAAUUGCUGACGCUAACGAGUGCUGGCUUUCCUUAGUACAGCCAAGAGGGCUUUCCCCAGUAGGAAAGAGAGCAGGAGCAAUCUCAGGGGCCAUGGCAAGCAGGUAGUGACAAGCAAAGGUGCAGGGAGGGUGAGUCAGUACUGGAGCCUAGAGGCUACGUCAGAAGCUGUGUGAGUCGUUUGCAAACCCAGGCAGUUUGCCAUUUUUACCUGCCCAGGUUUACUGCAAAGUGCCUGUAGCAGAUGCAGCUUUACAUGGACUGCUGGCAGGCAGGUCACGCUGGAGCACUUGUGGUUGAAGUUGCUUCUAAAUGUGGUCCCAGCCCAGCCAGAGAGAAAUUAGAAUUUCUCUGCCAUUUCCUGCCAGGAGUCUAAAUUUAGACUGUCCAAAGAACAGAAACAAAUUCGUGACCAAGGUCUCUCAGGAAAUGACAUUCAGAGUUGAAAAAUAACUUUUAUAUAAGGUUUAGUGGGAGAAGCAUGAGAAGAAAAGGCUGUUGAACGGAAUAAGGUAACUCCCCUAUUAAAAUAUCAGAACAAAGCUUUACAACACCAGUUGCAAUGGGCUUGUAAACGUGCCCAAACUCGUCUUUACACAGCCCCAAGCACUGCUGCUCAGACUCAAAGGGAACCUGAACUGAUUAGUGGAUUGAAUCUUUUGUUCUUUGUUUUCUGUACUUGUAUGCCUGUUCUCUCUUACGCCCAAACUGACCCUGCAGUAUUCCCAUGGGGUUUAGUUGAGCAGAAGCUGGAGCUGAAUCAAGUAAUUUAUGGAUCUGAUUCCACUCAAAACAAAUUGCUUGGCUUAGUUUUCCUACCUGCAAUAUGCUCAUUUUGCCCUGAGCACCUUUAAAGUGAUCUGGUCUGUGUGUUUAGGCUGUGAGGGGACCCAUUCAUACCUGCUGGGGGGAAAUGGUAUCUGUGAGUGUAAGCUGUGCUCCAGUCAGCCUCAGAGUGGAGAUCUUCCUUGCAAACCGAAGGUACAGACAUGUCCUAUCAGAGGAGAGGUUGGUACACAGUGUUUCUUUGGACCACACCUCUGCCCAGGUACAAGGAGGCCAUGAAGUGAGGCACAUCAUUCCAUGGACUUCCUUGUCUCUCCUGGAUCAAAUCUUUGCCCACCAAACUCUAACUUGUUAGUAAAAGCCCAUGUUCACAUUUCACAGAAUAAGGUUUAUAAGACAACUCAAUUCCAUCAGCUGCCAGCCAGUAAAAAUGUCCUAAGACACUUUAGUGUUGCCCAUGAAAAGUUGUGCCUUGAUUGAAAUCUGAGUGGGUAAUCAUAGGAAGCAGCUUUAAAGGAUGGGAGUAGAAGUGAUAUUUUGUGGUUUAAAGUGGAAAACAUUCUUUUAAAACCAAACUGCAUGGGGCAGCUGAGUAACAAACAUCUCUUUGGCAACGCCUAUAUCUCUGUGAGACAUCCUAAGGAAAGGUAAACAGCCUGUCCUGGACCCUCAGCACUGUUCUCACCAUUUGCUAACCAGCUGAAUUCAACAGAUGAACUCCGAGUGCCUUCCUUUGGUUUCCAACCACUCCCUGUGCCCUCAGCUUGUGGUUUUAAUAUUCUAUUACAGGCUCUGUCAAGGCAAUGGAGUUAGUGGUGGGUUGACAGCAACCACUGAUGUACAGCAUAGCCUCAGGAGCCAUUUGCCUUUAGAAAAUGUCUUGGUCUAAGGUUAUUAUUGCUGUACAGGAGCUGAAUGUCUUCUAAGGGGAGGUGUUGGGUGUUGACUGUUAAGUAUAGCCACAGAAGAGAGUUUCUCUCUCUCCAAGUUGCUCUGUAUACAGGUAGAUACAGGGGUACAAAGAUGUAGUUUAGCAAAAUGAUGCAAAAAUUUAUCCAGUAUUCAAGCAGCAGGAUUUGGUGUUAGUUCACCAGUCAUUUUUAAUGCAAAGUCUUUGCAGUGUUUUCUCUGUGGUGAAGAAAUGAGACUUUAGGCACCUGUAACAACUCUGCUGCUGCUCAGUGAGGGGCUGGCUCUCACAGGACCCUACCUGGUGAACAGCUUUAUUUAUUAUUUGUCCUAUUUUAGAAUUGGGGGGUGGUCUGUGUGUAACAUAUUAGCUCAAAAGCAAAACUGUAGUACAGAGAUGAAUCGUGGCAAUGCAGCCAAGAUGGACAAUAACACCAGAACUCUCCAGACUAAGCUCUUCCUUGAUUGACAAUGCUGUACUUAAACCGCUGCUUCUAUAGCAGGACACUGUUGAAUUUGUACAGAACUUACCAUGCAGUUUAUUUAUAAUAAAGGAAGUCUUGUACAAAAUCUAAAUGAGCGUGAAGUCU